AUGAAACAGCUCAAUUCAGUUCGUGAAGAAGGACGCGACAUGGUCAAGCAGAAGAACAAUGGGAAAGGAAAUUCGAACGAAGGAAAAAGUUUUUUUGUCCUGUCGUCUUUAACGUCUUCACUUCCAUGUAAGCAGAAAAAAUCUGUUUACCACCUUGGGCAAGAUGAAAAAUACUUUAGUGCUUUUCCCAGGGCAAGGAAAAUCGUAAAAGCACAAAAAUUAUUUUACAGAAAACAUUUCGCCUGUUGA